CAGCCAUGAGCGCCGGGGGGGAAGCGGCGGGGAACGCGGCGCCCUCCGUGCUGCACAGGGUGGUUUCGGCCCUUUUCUACGGGACGUGCUCCUUCCUCAUCGUGCUGGUCAACAAGGCCCUGCUCAGCGCCUACAGCUUCCCAUCACCAAUGUUUCUUGGAGUUGGACAGAUGACAGCCACUAUACUUAUCUUGUAUGUGUCAAAAUUAAAUAAGGUUAUUCACUUUCCUGAUUUUGACAAAAGUAUACCUGUGAAGUUGUUUCCUCUGCCUCUGAUUUAUGUUGGAAACCACAUAAGUGGAUUAUCAAGUACCAGCAAACUCAGUUUGCCGAUGUUUACAGUGCUCAGGAAGUUUACCAUUCCCCUUACUUUACUGCUGGAGAUCAUCAUACUUGGGAAACGAUACCCUCUGAGUAUUAUAGUCAGCGUUUUUGCCAUCAUUCUUGGGGCUUUCAUAGCAGCUGGGUCUGAUCUGUCUUUUAAUCUGGAGGGCUAUACAUUUGUAUUGCUAAAUGAUAUCUUCACAGCAGCAAAUGGAGUUUACACAAAGCAGAAAAUUGAUCCAAAGGAGCUGGGAAAAUAUGGUGUCCUUUUCUAUAAUGCAUGUUUUAUGGUGGUUCCAACGCUUAUUAUUAGCUUUUCUACAGGAGAUUUUCAUAAGGCAAUACAUUUCCAGCACUGGACAAAAUUUUUAUUUGUCUUUCAGUUUCUUCUUUCCUGCUUGUUGGGGUUUCUCUUGAUGUAUUCUACUGUCCUUUGCAGUCAUUACAAUUCUGCACUUACCACAACAGUAGUUGGUGCCAUCAAGAAUAUAUCCAUUGCUUACAUCGGAAUGUUGAUUGGUGGAGAUUACAUAUUCUCCAUGUUAAACUUCAUAGGGCUAAAUAUUUGCAUGGCAGGAGGGCUGAGAUAUUCAUUUUUAACCUUGAGAGGAGACAGCAAGCCUACGCAACCUGAGGAUGAAGAGAAUGCACUUCCUGAGUCAAACAAUUAGCCAAAAUGCCUGCCUUUAAAGAGACUGAAGAUGCUAACCUUGUUUAGCGUUGCUGGGAACUUAAAUGUAUGCUGGAACGUAUUUGGAACAGAGCAAAAAGUCUACCUCAUUUGCCACAGAUAUGUUCACAACUCAUUGAUUCAGAAAUAUCUUGCAUACCAUGUUUUUUAUGUGUGGACAAGAUUAAUUUUAGCAUUUUUUUAGCACCAUGAGCCAAUUUUUAGGAAGGAAUGCCAAGAGCACAUCUCAAACUCUGUAUUCCUUCAUGUAUGUGUACUUUGGUGCUCUUCAUUCUGUUUCAGUGUCUGCCGGUACUCUCAGAUAAAACUGCCUGUAAAAGACCGUGAGGCUUGUUUCACCAUUGCCUUAUGCCUUAUACAAUCUUUGGUGUGAGUGAAGAGAUGAAAGACGGUAGUGAUUUAGAAUGAUUUCACAUAUACAUUUUCUCUUGUGUAAGUGACUCUAGAACAUAUGGGACAAAGUGGAGAUGUGCCCCAAGACUGUUUGUCAUGUAAGUCAAGUUUGUCAUGUAAGAGUUAGUGGGGAUAUGGCCUAGUGUAUUCAGUGUGUACUGUUUAGACAUUCUCUCUCAGUCUUUUCCUCAUCUUUAAUAGCAUGGCAUACUGCUGCAGUUGUUGCUGUUGUUAUAAACCCUCACAAUUUCGCUGCGGGAUCGAGAAGAAAAUUGAGAAAAUAUUUUUUUCUAUUUAAAAUAAUUUUUUUUUGUAUGUCAGCCAGUACCAAACAGGUAAUUCCAAUGAAUCUCUACCUCCAUAAUCCUAAUUAUUGAACCUCAUCUCCCUGCAGUGGGACAAGGCAUUAGAAGAUUUUCAUUAAUUAUGUGAAGAUUAUGGGAGCCAGUUGAUUGCAAUAUGAAUGGAUACAAUAUGGCACUUGCUAAAUAAAAUGUAGUUCCACAAAGGAACAGAUACUGUAUGCAUUUGAUUAAUUAAUAUUUUGCUCUACCUUUUCUAAAUAAAGAGAUGUAAAUUAUAGUUU